GGACACUGCGGACCGCGGACCAGAGCACCAGCAGCAGCAGCUUCCGGAGCAGUGGUAGCCAGACGCCCUGUGCUGUCUUUCCGUCGUCGAGACUAGGUCGCGGCCCUUUCCCUCCUCACCCGGUCGGUGGGUUGUGUCCUGGACGGAUUUAAACAGUCAAGUAAAAUCAAGCUGAGCGAUCAUGGCAGAAGGUGGAUUCGAUCCCUGUGAAUGUGUUUGCUCUCAUGAUCAAGUGAUGCGAAGGCUGAUCGAGUUGUUGCGGCAGUCCCAGUCCUACUGCACGGACACAGAAUGUCUUCAGGAAUUACCAGGACCCUCCGGUGACAACGGCAUCGAUAUUACUAUGAUCUUGAUGGCGUGGAUGGUUAUUGCAGUGAUCGCGUUCUUGCUGAGACCACCUAAUCUAAGAGGAUCCAACUUAUCCGGAAAGCCAACUAGUCCUCAUAAUGGACAAGAUCCACCAGCUCCUCCUGUGGACUAACUUUGUGACAAGGGAAGUGAAAAUAGUUAACACCUUGCAAGAUUAAAGGAACGAAGAUGACCAGAGUACUCUUAACUCCAUUAGAACUGUUUUUCUUUUUGCAUCUGCGACAUGGGAUGUUAUUGUUUUCAUGAGCUUCUAGAAACUUCAAUUGCGAACUUAUUUUUGCUUCCUGUGCUAUCACCAUUCCCAUUUGAAAUGUAUUUGAGUAAAUGAUUACAUUUUUAAAGUUACAUGGGGCUGUUUUGGUUGUCCUAAACAUUCUACUCAUUCUGUUUGUAAAUGUGAUUCCAAUUUUGGGGUGAUUUGUGACCUGAUGGAAGGAAAUUUGAGUUUUCUGCAUUUAAAUAUUUUAACUAGUUUUGAUAGGUUUUUAAGGUUUUGUUUUCUUCAUAAGGUAUUUACAAAGUUAUUUGGGGUUAUGUGGCAUUAUAUGAAAGAAAAUGAGAACCACGCUGUAUUUACAUUUACUUUGGGAGUUUAUAAGUGGGUGGAAGUUUUCUCUAAUUCUUGGGACUAUGCCAACUCUUGGAAUAUUUUACAAAUUAAUGCUGAAAUCUGUAUCAUCUAUUGGAGAUGAUUUAUGUGGCUAGAUUAGGAGAAGGAGAAAUGAAAUGGCUGUUUUAAUAAUUUUUUACACCCAUUAAAAAUGUCUAAUGUUAAUAA